GGCUUGAGGGCGCAUUUCUGUCUUCACCAACUUACCGCAGGACGUUUUUGCCUUUUUCUUUCUGAAUACCCGUCUUCUGAUUGUCUAUGAGUUCACCAGUUUUCCUUCGAAUGCCCCGCAUCACAGCAUGGAGAAGUUCUUGAGGGAUUGGCGCCAGGAUGCGCUGAAUAAACAUCAACAUGAUUCGGCCAUUUUCAUAGGAGACAAAUUGUUUGCGCUGACGGGUAUGUCCAGAAAUCCUAUCAAGUCCUAGGCUGUACACUAACAUAACGAUAGGUAAUGACAAAGAUGCUUUCUGGCUUGCGCAAGUCCAUUUCUCCACUGGCAACUAUACUCGCGCCCAAAGUUUCCUUGCGAAAAAAGAUCUGAUAACUCGAAGCACUGCCUGUCGGUAUCUUGCCGCCCACUGCUUUAUCAAGCAAUCGCGAUUCGAAGAAGCUCUCGGGGUUCUGGGCGACAAGAACCCUACACAUCUCAUCACAAGUUCGAGUAACAGCAGGCGGAAGAUUCAGCAUACAAGUGGACAUAGCAGAACAGGCUCCAAGCUUUUGAGAGGGGCAGACCGACAUGACAAAAGGGACGAAGGGGUCCAAGAUGAGGCCGCAAAUAUCAAUUUUGAGGCAGCCAUGUGUUUUCUUCGAGGACUUUGCUAUGCUAAGCAAAACGCAUUUGAUCGCGCAAAAGAAUGUUAUAAAGAUGCUGUACGGAUAGAUGUGCAGUGCUUUGAAGCUUUCGAGCAGCUAAUGAAAAAUUGUUUAAUGUCACCAGACGAGGAAUGGGAAUUCUUGGAAUCACUCGACUUCGAUGCAAUCUCAAUAUCCGACGAUAAAUCUUCGUCACAGGAAGCGGCAGAAUUCACGAAGAUGCUUUAUACCACGAGGUUAUCAAAGUACAAAAAUCCAACGGCUUUUACAGCGGCUACAGAAACCCUCUCUACACAUUAUAACCUCGCCACGAACCCAGAUCUUCUUCUUGCCAAAGCAGACCUCCUUUUUACACAGUGUAGAUUCAAGGAUGCGCUGGCAAUUACUGGAUCCAUUCUUCAAAAUGACAAAUACAACUUUAGCAUAUAUCCACUUCAUCUAGCAUGUUUGUACGAACUCGGCCUGAAAAAUGCUCUUUUUCUUGUCUCGCACGAUUUGGCGGAUAAUCACCCAGAAGAACCUUGUGCAUGGCUUGCUGUAGGAAUUUACUACCUUGCGACAAACAAGGUUGCUGAAGCUCGUCGAUAUUUCAGUAAAGCAAGUAUGAUGGAUCCACAUUUCGGUCCUGCUUGGAUAGGGUUUGCGCACACCUUCGCAGCAGAAGGGGAACACGACCAAGCUAUUUCGGCAUAUUCAACAGCAGCUCGGCUCUUCAUGGGCACACAUCUCCCACAACUAUUCCUCGGUAUGCAGAAUCACAUGUUAAAUAACAUGACACUCGCAGACGAGUUUUUGAAGACUGCAUAUAGUCUGUGUAAAACGGAUCCUUUAUUGCUGAAUGAGAUGGGUGUGGUUUUCUAUCACCAAGAACGACUUGAAGACGCUGUCGUCAUGUUUUCCAAAGCAUUAGAAGUGGCGGACGAGAUUGACAGUGAUUCUCAGGCUUGGAUUUCGACCCGAGCCAACCUUGGACAUGCUUAUCGAAGGCUACAACAAUGGGACGCGGCGUUAGCGGAGUUUGACGAGGUUCUACGACAGGGCGGAAAAGAUGCAUCGGUGUUUUGCGCGAAAGGGCUUGUUCUCAUGGAUCAGAAGAGGCCUCAUGAUGCAGUUUAUGUCUUUCACGAAGCUUUAGCGAUAUCACCACAGGACCCAAUCGCAACAGAGCUACUAAACAAAGCUUUGGAGGAAACAGCAGGCGGUGAUGCACCGGGUAUGGACGAUAAUGACGUGGAUGAGGACUUUGAAAAUGCAUUUCCCAUGCGGCAACCGGUUCCGAGGGUAAAUGGGCGAAGACAGAAAGGCUUGGGAUAUCUAUGAAUUAAUGCAUUGUACUUGGUGGAUAUUGAGGAUAUCCUUAUGAGUGGAUAGGCAACUACGACAUCUUUUUUGACAGCAUUCAAGGAGCGGGCAUAGCAUAUUUUGGCGUUUCUGGGUGGUAGCUGGUUGGUCGGUUGGGCAUCAAAUGGGUUUGCGAGACUCUGGCAGGUGUUGAGUAUUGUGGCUAUCAGUGUUAUAGUAGUCACUUACCUUAUAAUAAUUAUAGCAUGGAGCCUAU